GAAUGUGAAUGCGCUGUCCACGGUAGCAAAAAUGCAGUUUUUGUGCUGAAUAUUAGCGGUAUUUUGGGGGGAACCUGACUCGAGCGUUAAAAAACAGGACUGGUGACAAGCCAGGAGCACGUGCAGGCGGCUAGUUAAUACUAAUGAGUGAUAUCCUGCAGCUGUGAAGUGAACAUGUGCACAAGUUAUCCCACGCCACUUUACUCCCACGCUGGACGAGGAGACUUCCGGGAUGUUUACGAGCCGGCGGAGGACUCUUUUCUUUUGAUUGACGCUCUGGAGAAAGAUGCGGAGAGGCUGCAGCUGAUGAGCCCAUGUGUGUGUUUGGAGGUGGGCAGUGGCUCAGGAGUGGUGUCUGCAUUUCUGGCAUCAGUGGUUGGACCCUCAGCUCUGUACCUUUGCACUGAUGUGAAUCCUGCUGCAGCACAGUGCACAGCAAAGACAGCAUCCUGUAACAAAGUGUCACUGCAGCCUGUCAUCACAUCCCUGGUGGAGUGUCUUCUGCCUCGCCUCAGUGGGAAAGUCGAUGUCCUUCUCUUCAACCCUCCCUAUGUGGUCACCCCUUCAGAAGAGGUUGGCAGCAGGGGUAUAGAGGCUGCCUGGGCCGGCGGUGAGCGAGGGCGCGAGGUGACCGACAGAUUCCUGCCUGUGGUAGCACAGUUGCUCUCCAGUAAAGGGUUAUUUUACCUCAUCACCAUCGCUGAGAACGAUCCGGAGGAGAUCAUCUGUUUACUGGGCAAAUGUGGUUUGAGGGGAGAAUCGUGCUUGUCUACAAGAGCUGGAAAUGAGAGGCUGUCCGUUCUGCGCUUCCAUAGGAGCUGACAAACAUGGAACUGCUACUAUGAAACCCGCUAAAAAAGGAUUACAAGAACUUUGGUGGACUGAUAAGAGUAUUUCUACAUUAAUAAAAACAGAAUUGCCACAAAA